GGUUAUGUGUGGUAGUCUUCAACAUUGUGGAACCAGGAAAUACACAGGCAUGAAUUUGUGAACGCCAACACUACUUUUUUCUUUUUUUCUUUUUUUUCUCUUUUUUUUCUUUUUUUUUUGCAAGAGCCAUCCAUUCCGCCUCUGGUAGGCUACGAUCAUAAUAAAAACGUCACCCUCCGCUCGGAUCGGGCUGCCUCCAGCCAAGCUAAGUGCGCAGCUUUAAUUGUGGGCUACAACAACAAGCCCAGCAUGCUGACGGGCGGCCGAGGGCUCCUCGGAUCCCCUUUCUCCCCGCGUCAUACACGUAGCAAACGCAUCGCCUUCGUCGCCCUGGGUCUGGGAGAGGACUUCAUCGCGUCGCGGGCCAUAUAGGCGCAACGAACAGGACGUAGGACGAGCGGAUAUUCAGUUUCGUAGACUAAAAGAAAUAGAAGUUGUCAACAGAGUUUUGACUUCCUUGGCUUGCAGGAAUGCACCCUGCAUCUCAGUGGCAGUCAGUGGGUUUGCCAGUUAUCCCAGUAGUUCUACAGAGCCAUGGAGGAAACAGCAAGUCCAACACCAUGUCCCAACCCCUUACCACCAGUACCAAGGCCUCAGCCUUCCUCCUACGCCCCCUCCCGCAGCCUGCUGGAGUGGAGGAGGAGGGUCAAGUCUGAAUACAUGCGUCUUCGUCAGUUAAAACGCCUCAAAAAAGCUGAGGAGGUCAAGGCCCUCUUUAUGUCCAACAGACAGAAGAUUGAACAACAGACAAAUCUCCUGAAUGCUGAUUGGUCCAAGCUCCGGAUUCAGCCUAUUCCUCUAUCAACACCUAGUGGAGCUCUGCCCAACAAGAAGAUGUGUAUUGUGGAGUUCGGCUUCCCAGCAUUCAAAGCGCAGAGCAUUGCUAUGCGGCCUCUCACAACCAUGGCAGGAAUUCCCUUCAUGUACUCCUGGUCGCCGCUGCAGCAUAAUUUUAUGGUGGAGGAUGAGACGUUCCUCCAUAACAUCCCUUACAUGGGAGAUGAGGUGCUCGAGCAGGACGAGGCCUUCCUAGAGGAGCUCAUCGACAACUACGAUGGCGUCCAUGGAGACAGAGAGGGAGGUUUUAUCAAUGACGAGAUCUUUAAAGAGCUAGUGGAGGCCCUGAGCCAGUACUCCGACCAUGAGGAGGAAGAGGAGGAGGAGGACAUAGAGGUGGCGCCGGCGGCGGUGGCGGAGGAAGCAGGGAAGAAAGAGGAGGAGAGACCGAUGAAGUGGAGCUCAGGGGACCUAGCGGAGGAGACCAAAGCAGGGGAGACCAAAGCAGGGCCCGUGACCUUCUUCAGGAGGAAGAGGAGGAGUCUUACUGAGGCGAAGGAUUUGUCCGGCACUAAGAAGAUACCGCAUGACAAGAUAUUUACAGCCAUCGCCUCAAUGUUCCCCUACAAGGGCACCAUGGAGGAGCUUAAGGAAAAAUACAAGGACCUCCUUGAGCCCCCCAGCCCAGUGAAGCUGCCGCCGCUCUGCACUCCCAACAUGGACGGGCCCUUUGCCAAGUCCGUGCAGCGAGAGCAGUCCCUCCACUCCUUCCACACGCUCUUCUGCAGACGUUGCUUCAAAUACGACUGCUUCCUCCACCCUUUCCAUGCUACGCCCAAUGUUUACAAGAGGAAGAGUAAAGAGAUCCGCAUGGAAACUGAGCCGUGUGGCGUGGACUGCUUCCUGCUGCAGAAAGGGGCGAAAGAGUUUGCAGAUCAGAACAUGCAGCGGGCCCAGAAGUCUCGGCGGCGGCGGAGACAGCCCCGACCGCAGACCUCAAGCUGUCCCGGCCCGUCCGGGUCUACUGAGGAGAGCAAGGAGGCCGACAGUGACCAUGAAACCACCUCCUCCUCAGAGGGGAACUCACGCUGUCAAACUCCCACCAAACUGCGUCCAGGGGAGGAAGACAGGGACCAGCAGGCUGAGUGUGUAGUCCAGUGGACGGGGGCGGAGCAGUCUCUGUUCAGGGUGUUGCAUGGUACCUACUACAACAACUUCUGUUCCAUCGCCCGGCUCAUUGGUACCAAGAACUGCAAACAGGUGUACGAGUUUGCCGUGAAAGAGGUCCUGAUCCAUCGUGUCCCUCUAGAAGAUGGAGGCAUCUCUCCCCAGAAGAAGAAGAGGAAACACAGGUUAUGGGCGAAGAUUCAGCUAAAGAAAGACAACUCGUCCAGUCAGGUGUACAACUACCAGCCGUGCGACCACCCCGACCAGCCGUGCGACAGCUCCUGCCCGUGUGUGAUGACCCAGAACUUCUGUGAGAAGUUCUGCCAGUGUGAGCACGAGUGUCAGAACAGGUUCCCGGGCUGCAGGUGUAAGACACAGUGCAACACUAAGCAGUGUCCCUGCUACCUGGCGGUGAGGGAGUGUGACCCGGAUCUGUGUAUGACCUGUGGGGCGGCCGACCACUGGGACAGCAAGGUGGUCUCCUGCAAGAACUGCAGCAUCCAGAGGGGCCUGAAAAAGCACCUGUUGUUAGCGCCCUCGGAUGUAGCCGGCUGGGGCACCUUCAUUAAAGAGCCUGUUCAGAAGAAUGAGUUCAUCUCAGAGUACUGUGGAGAGCUGAUAUCCCAAGAUGAGGCCGACAGACGUGGCAGGAUCUAUGACAAAUACAUGUCAAGCUUCCUUUUCAACUUGAACAAUGAUUUUGUGGUGGACGCCACACGGAAGGGGAACAAAAUCCGCUUUGCCAAUCAUUCGGUUAAUCCGAACUGCUACGCAAAGGUGGUGAUGGUGAACGGAGACCACCGCAUUGGGAUUUUUGCCAAACGUGCCAUCCUGCAAGGGGAGGAGCUCUUCUUUGACUACAGAUACAGCCAAGCCGAUGCCCUGAAAUAUGUGGGGAUAGAGAGGGAGGUAGACGUGACUUAGCUUCAUCUGCUGCGUUUCCACAACACCCCAUCAACUCCUGCACCAACCCGCGAAAGCUUCUGCCCCCCCCUCCCCCUUUUUAACCGACAGCAUCACAUCCAGCCAAUGCUUGUCCCAUCAGCAGUCACUGACUUGGUCCUUUUUGUUUCCUGACAUAGAGCCCCUACCUGACUCCGGCGGGUCUCUUCUCACCCUGCCAGCAUCAUAACACCUCAUUGGACGACAACACAUCCUCCUCACAGCGUGCUCUCUCUACACCAUCCCUCUGAACCACUCACACUGCAUACAGCAAGUUUAUGAACCUGAAAACUUUAGAAAUGGCAAUAAUACUUACUAAUACUCAGUAUAACACAACACACCAACAGUAUCUUAUACUGAGUUUCUGUUUUUUUGGGGGGGUUGGUCAAAGCAAAGAGGCUGUGGUAACACGCCAUGCUGUUUGUUACACUCGUGGGUUUUUUUUUUUUUUUUUUUUACUCUAUACUUAUAGCUGGGCUUUUGUUCAACCUCUCAAUAUGUAAUGCGCGCUUUUACAUUUUACCUUAUGAUAACAGUGGAAUACAGUGCAUGUGUUGUCUCUUGGAUAAAACGAACCAGUUAACAUUUUAGCCAGAGUUUUAGCUGUAGUCACAUGCCGCUGUCUGGAGUCAGUCAGUCCUGUGUAGCGUCAGCCCCUGACUGUUGGUUGGCUCAGCCGUCACUGGCCCGGAUCUCUUCACUUCAUCACGCUCCUGCAAAGCUCUCUAUGUUUGGACCUUCUCUGUGGCUGGCAUCCAUGCCGCUUCUUCAUCGUGAAACAAAGUAGUUGUGCAUUUUCUAUAUCAUUGUCCUGCAAAGAAUAGGCAAACCGGAUGAGAAAACCGACUGACUGAAUGUAAACUGUUGGUGAUGGAGAGAUCUCAUUCCUCCUUUCAUUUUACAUUUGACAUGAUUAACCUUUGCUGGGGGUACCUGAGGCAAUGUAUGUGUACAUCUAGCAUUUACCAUCAAUAUUUUAAGUUGUCAUACUUCAGACUUUCUAUUUACUGUAAUAAUGGAUCAACUAAUCCCGUACUAAUAGCCUUCCUUUGAACCACAUGUAAUUGCCAAAUAAGUCCACAUCGGGUCAGCACGCCACAGCGUGGAGGUGUGGUGUCAUAUGCAGAGCUGUGUCAAGGCUAACCAAUGUAAGGUCAUGAUCCUGGUAAAAAAAAUGAAUGAAACAAUAAUUAUUUGACCAAAUGCUAAAGUGCCCCACAUGUGAAUGUGAAAUUCUUUUAUUUUUCAUUACAUCUGGGUCUGCUUUUCACAUCCUGAUCUGUUAACAUUAAUGUCCAGUUUGAAAUGAGAUCUUUCUGAAUAGAGAUGACACAAAAUGGAAUUUACUGUUAUGUACAGUGUAUGCCUAUAAAAAUAAAACUUUAACUUUAUACAUUAC